AUAAGUGUAGGACAAAGUGUGCAGCUUGAUUUGUGGUCCGUCAUGGAAGCCGGUGUUAGGAGGGUGUAUUAGUUAGUGUUGGUGUUUGCGAUGGAAGGAACACGUGACAGAGCGCCAUCUGUUAUUGAUCGCUAUUAUAAACGCUGGUAUAAAACAGAUUUGAAAGGAAGAUCGUGUGAAGACCAUUGCGUCCUACAGCACUCAAACAGGAUCUGCAUCGUCACCCUUGCAGAGUCUCACCCUAUCCUCCAGCAUGGGCGCAAAAUCAAGAGCAUCGAUUACCGCAUCAGUGACGGGUGCAGCCGCCUGAACAACAAAGUAUCAGGCAAAUCUAAGAGAGGUGGUCAGUUCCUGACAGAGUUUGCACCGCUGUGCAGAAUAACAUGUACAGAUGAUACAGAGUACACCGUCUUCAGCUGUAUCAGGGGACGCCUCCUAGAAGUCAAUGAAGAUAUCCUGAAACGUCCUGAUCUGCUACUUGAAAAGCCCUCCACUGAUGGCUAUAUAGCGGUCAUCUUACCCAAACUGGAAGAGAGCAAAACUGUCACCAAAGGCCUUCUGACCAGAGAGCAGUAUGAGGACAUUGUCUCUAAACGAAGUACUCAAGCGUAAGAGUCUCUCUGAAAUCCACACGAAUCAACACAUGACCUCAGCGAAAAAGAAAACGUUUCAGAAGUCAGAGACGACUACGUGACCGAGACUAAAGGGAUCUCUCAUUGUAUCCAGCAUGUGUUCAUACUGAUCAUUAUUUCCUUUCUUUCUAAUAUAUAGUUUUAUACUAGAUAAAAUAUUAUAAUAAUAAUAAUACAAAGAACAAAUGAAGAGUUUGACCAUUUUUGUAGCUGAUUUAAAUAAUCCGAAAAUG